AUGUCUCGCCGCACCGCCAUCGUGACCGGCUCAGCCCGGGGAAUUGGAAAAGCAAUCGCCCUCCGACUCGCCCAGGACGGAUACGCCGUUUGCAUCAACGAUAUCCCCAGCUCGCAGGAUGUAAUCUUCGCGACAGUCGAAGAGAUCCGCAGUCAGGUUGCCGACUCCCGAGUAAUUGGCGUCGGGGCCGACGUUACUUCGUCGGUGGAUGUCGAGCGCCUAGUCAAGGAGACGGUGGAGCAGCUGGGACCGUUGACCCUCAUGGUGGCCAAUGCUGGCAUCGCACAGGUCAAGCCUCUUCUCUCCGUGACCGAGCAAGAUAUCGACCAGGUCAUGUCGGUCAACUUCAAAGGCUUGUUCAACUGCUACACCCACGCCGCGCGACAGAUGAUCGCACAGGGCGAUCCGACCGAGGCGGCUGGGGUCAAUGUCUACAAGAUUCUGGGAGCGGCGUCGAUCGUCGCCCACAAGCCCUUCCCCAAGCUCGGCAUUUAUUCCGCGAGUAAGUGGGCGGUUCGUGGCCUCACGCAGGCGAUGUCGAUGGAAAUGGCGCCGCACAAAAUCACCGUCAACGCGUAUGCGCCCGGGAUCGUCGGCACCGCCAUGUGGGAGCACAUUGACGGUGGUCUGGGGGAGCUCGAGGGCCGUGAAAAGGGCGAAAGUCUGCGACUGUACUCCGACCGGUUCAUUUCGCUGGGGCGGACCAGCACGCCGGAAGACGUGGCAGGGCUGGUUGGAGGGUUCCUGGCGGACAGGGACUCGGACUAUGUGACUGGACAGACCAUGGUGGUGGAUGGGGGCAUCAUCUUCACCUAG